GACCCAUAUAUAUAAACCCCUGGCUUCUUUUCUGUCUUCCUCUUGUUUGCUGUGUUUCGUCAGUUUUGGUUUUUGGGGUUUUGCUGCUGUUGAGAUUCAUACAAAAAGGAAAAAGGACCUUCGAAGAUGGUACGAUUACAGCCAGACCCAUUUCUCAAUGAACUGACAAGUAUGUUUGAGCGAACUACUGAGCAUGGUUCUGUUUGGGUUACUCUCAAACACUCUUCUGAUAAAUCUAAAGCCCAACGGAAUAAGAUGAAGACAGCUGGCGAAAAUCUUGAAUUUAAGUGCCUCAUCCGAGCAACUGAUGGGAAAAAGAAUAUUUCCACAAUGGUUGGAGCAAAAGAUCACCAGCGUUUCCAAGCAUCUUAUGCAAUUUUGCUGAAGGCCCGCUUGACUGCACUAAAGAAGAGGGAGAGGAAGGACAAGAGGAAGGCUGCUGAUUCUGACAAAAAGACAGAUAAUUCAAAAAAGAAAUCUGCUGCUCCUAAGGCCUCUACUUGAAACUUUAGUACUUUGGUUUAUCCCCCCCCCCCUCCCCCCCCCCCCCAAUUAUGUUACUAGGAUAGAGUUGUAGGAUUUGACCCCCCGUCCGUCUGGGGUGACAUGUCUGAAGCUGCAUAGAAUGAAGAAAGGAGUUUUUUUUUUUACUCUAUAUGAUUAUUUACUUCUAAAUUAGUCAAGCUUUCUGAAGAGCUUGUUGGGUUAUGGAACAUUUGAAGAAAUUUUGUCAUAAUCUUGAUAUUUAAUUCCUUGAA